UGAUAAUGAGGGAGGGAGUUCUCUAAGUGGUGAUAGUCCUACUGCUCCUGCGGGUAGUACAUUCACGACAUCAAGAGGUGUCCAUUUUUCUGGUCCAGUAGGAGGAGGAGACGAGGGAGAGAAGUCUCCUCAUGGUAUGCCUUGCGUUAGGGAUGUUCUGAGGUUUUUCAUUUCCAUUAUCAAUCCUAAAGACAGGAAUGACACACGAGUGAUAUGCAUUGGAUUGGAUUUUGUGACUGUUAUGUUGGAGUGUGGCGGGAAGAGUCUUGUAGACAUUAAAUCACUGAGAGUUCUCAUGCAAGACGGACUCUGCCAUCACUUACUUGCUUUGCUUAAGCACGAAUCUAUUGAUGUUUUUGGUCGCUCUUUGAGAAAGUGUUUUCUUUUUAAUCAAAUCAUCAUCUCAAACUACAACUGGAGGUAAAGAAAGAAACACAUACAUGUACAUGUACACAUGUAUG